CCAACCCCCAUUUUCUCUCUCUACAAAAUCCCCCAUCUCUCUCUAGGUUUUGGGACGGCGGCGAUGGAGGACGUGGCGGCAGCCGAUUCGUUGAGAUGCCCAUUUUCCGAUGCCUUCGAAUUCGUCGACGGAAAUGGUCGGCUAGAAUUUAUGGAUCUUCUUGGAGUUCAAGACUUUUCGUCUCAAUUAUCGUCUUCUCUUAUCGUUCCAAAUCUUGAGGCAAACUCCAUCAUAGAGAAUCUCGAGAUUUGGAACCGUUGGCCCGCAACGUCGAAUUCAUCAUCGACAUCUAAUGAAACUGUCAACGACGAACUGACAGAGCAGAAUCAAGAUGGAGGCGAAAAACGUCGCCUACCAGAAUCCGUGAAAUCUGACCAACGGUCGAAAGUAAUGAAGACGAACCAGAAGAAGAAAGAGCAAGAACCACGAUUUGCGUUUAUGACAAAGAGCGAGGUCGAUCACUUGGAAGAUGGAUAUAGAUGGAGAAAGUAUGGCCAAAAAGCUGUGAAAAACAGCCCUUAUCCUAGGAGCUAUUAUCGUUGCACUAGUGUGGCAUGCAAUGUAAAGAAACGAGUGGAGAGAUGUCUUAAGGAUCCGAGCAUUGUGGUGACAACCUACGAAGGCCAACACACUCACCCCAGCCCUCUCAUGCCCCGAUCAACCUUCAUUCAUCACCCCAUUUCUGCCGCCACCGCCCUCCAUGGUAGCUCCACAACGUUCGCCACCACGCCCCCGUCUCUCUUCCACUACCGAAAUGCACACAAUUGGGAUUUUGUUGGCCACCCGAACGCUUCCUAUGUGUCACCUUCGUUUCAUCAGGAGCGACAACUGCAUGACAUUGUCUCCUCUGAACAAGAUGCUCAUUUGCUUGCUAUCAAUUAUGGGUCGCUUCAGGAUGUCAUCUCUUCCAAUACGUUAGGCUGGUAGAGGGAGAUGGUUUGACCUCACCCGACCCAAUUAGUUGUCACUUAUUUAGAAUAUAAUGUUAGUUACAUGAUUGUAUACAAUACGUAUAUUGGAUUGAUAAUCCAAUAUUUUUUAGAUGGAUAUAGUGACAACUAAUUUUAAGCCUAGUUCAAUUAGUUAAGACAUAUAUCUUUGAGUGUAUAUAUAUUAUGGACCAAAAGGUCGGAGGUUAAAAUCUCCCUGUCACAUAUUUACCUAAAAAAAAUUUGAUGGAUUCAAUGGCACCAUAUUAUGAUUUUUGUA